AAACGUAGUACAUGUGAAUUCAAAAAUAUUGCUAUUUUUUUCUCGAAGCAGAAACAUUUAUAUUUUUAAAUUAAUUAAGCAUUUACAAAUCAUUUCAAGUGAAGUAAUCGAGAAAACAAGACAACAAUGGAAGAAGAUGAUGCUAUUUUUGACCCAUCUUUAGUUAAAAAGAAGAAAAAGAAGAAGACUACUUUUGAUUUAGAUGCUGCGUUGGCAGAUGAAAGCAGUUCCAGUGCCCCAGCAGCAACAACAACAACAACAGCAUCAUUAUUAUCUGAAGCUGAAGAAAGAGCAAUCGAGAAUGCUGAUUGUAUAAAUAUUGAAAAUGAUUUCGAUAUAGAGACAUUUGGAAAGAAAAAGAAGAAGAAAGUGAAAAAACCAAUAACUUUGGAAAGUGUCGAUACAGCACUAACGGAAGUCAAUGAUGAUCAGCCGGCUUUGCCUGAAGAUGAUGAUGAAAACAUUGAUGAUACAUUUGAUGUUGGUCAAAUUAAGAAAAAGAAAAAAAAGAAGGAUAUUAAUGAACUUCUCAAAAGCAUAGAAAAUGAGGAAGACAAUGAAAAUGUGGAUGAAAACAACACAAAUCAAUGGCUGGGAUCUGAUCGUGACUAUACAUACGAUGAAUUGCUAAAUCGGGUAUUUGAAAUUAUCCUUGAAAAGAAUCCAGAUAUGGCAGCUGGUCGAAAACCUAAAUUUGUCAUGAGACCUCCUCAAGUUCUUCGAGUUGGAACAAAAAAGACAUCAUUUGCCAACUUUACUGAGAUUUGCAAAGCUCUCCAUCGACAACCCAAACAUCUUCUUGACUUCUUAUUAGCCGAGUUGGGUACGAGCGGUUCCGUUGACGGUAAUUCACAACUCAUUAUCAAGGGGCGUUUCCAAUCGAAACAGAUUGAGAAUGUUUUAAGAAGAUAUAUUAAGGAAUAUGUAACAUGCCACACCUGCAGAUCACCCGAAACAAUAUUACAGAAAGAUACCCGUCUCUUCUUCUUACAGUGUGAGUCUUGUGGUUCAAGAUGCUCAGUAGCGAGCAUCAAAUCUGGUUUUCAAGCAGUUACCAGCAAACGUGCUGCAAUCCGUGCAAAGACCAAUUAAAUGUCUUGGCUCAUAUUUUUAUUAUUUUUGCAUUAAUAUUAAACUUCCGAACAACAUUUGUCAAAAUUUUCAACUAUAUUUCAUUUACGGAUUUUUAUCUACGAAUAAUAACAUGUAUGUAAAGUUUCCCUUUUUGCAUUCAUAUGCACACAAUUGGACUUUUCAAGGAAUU